AUAAAAUAAAUGCAUGGCCGAAUGCGCAGAAGCCAAAAGAAUAACUUCACAAGAUAUAGAAGACAGAAGCAGAGGAGCAAUCCACCGACUCCUCUCCUAUACGAGGUGGUUUACGUGUACCCUCCACCUGCGCAAGAUAGCAAGCAGCUCCGUUCCGUGACCCACUCAAGGAAGAAAAGGAAUAAUCUCUAACCCCAAAAUCCAUUUUCUCCAUAACAGCAGCAGCUGCGAGAAGAAGGAUACAGAGAGAGAGAAAUGAAGGGAUCUUCCUUCGUCUUUCUCUACGUUGUCUGCGCGCUGGCCCAGUCAGCCUACGGCGCGACCGUCGGAUACGAUCACAGGGCGCUGGUGAUCGACGGCAGGCGGCGGGUCUUGAUAUCUGGCUCCAUACAUUACCCUCGGAGUACUCCUGAUAUGUGGCCGGGCCUCGUUCAGAAGUCGAAGGAUGGAGGGUUGGAUGUUAUCGAGACCUACAUCUUCUGGAACUUACAUGAGCCUGUCAGGAAGCAGUAUGACUUUGAAGGGAGAAAGGAUUUGGUUAAGUUUGUGAAGACUGUCGCUGAUGCUGGUCUCCUUGUCCACCUACGAAUUGGACCCUACGUCUGUGCAGAAUGGAAUUAUGGUGGCUUCCCUCUUUGGUUGCAUUUUAUCCCUGGAAUUGAGUUCAGGACAGAUAAUGAGCCCUUCAAGACAGAGAUGCAGCGUUUCACGGCAAAGAUUGUGGAUAUGAUGAAGCAGGAAAAGCUCUUUGCAUCCCAAGGUGGACCUAUUAUCUUAGCACAGAUUGAAAAUGAGUAUGGAAACAUUGAAUCAGCCUACGGGUCGGCUGGCAAGUCGUAUAUCAAUUGGGCGGCAUCUAUGGCUACAGCUUUAGAUACAGGGGUGCCUUGGGUGAUGUGCCAGCAAGCUGAUGCUCCUGACCCAAUCAUCAAUACUUGCAAUGGGUUUUACUGCGAUCAAUUUACUCCAAAUUCUGACAAGAAACCCAAGAUGUGGACUGAAAACUGGAGUGGGUGGUUUCUUUCUUUUGGUGGGGCGGUGCCACAUAGACCGGUGGAGGACCUCGCAUUUUCUGUUGCACGCUUUUUCCAGCGAGGUGGGACUUUCCAGAACUACUACAUGUAUCAUGGGGGAACCAACUUUGGCCACACAACAGGGGGACCUUUUAUUGCAACAAGUUAUGACUAUGAUGCUCCACUUGAUGAAUAUGGAAUGGUUAGACAACCUAAGUGGGGCCACCUAAGAGAUCUACAUAAAUCCAUAAAGCUUUGUGAAGCAGCACUUGUUGCUACUGACCCAACAUAUACUUCUUUGGGUCCAAAUUUGGAGGCCCAUGUAUAUAAAACAGGAUCAGGAACCUGUGCUGCUUUUCUUGCCAAUGUGGGCACCCAAUCUGAUGCAACUGUGACUUUUAAUGGCAAUACAUAUCAUUUACCUGCAUGGUCUGUGAGCAUCCUACCUGACUGCAAGAAUGUGGUAUUCAACACUGCAAAGAUCAACUCCCAAGCUAAUCAUAUGGAAAUGAGGCGUCUAAGGUCUGAAUCUGAACGUCAGGAUCCCAAACAAAUUGUUGGUUCUUCUGAAACGUUUCAGUCAGAUUGGAGUUCGGUUACUGAACCUGUUGGUAUCUCUAAGAGCAAUGCAUUCAAAAAGUCUGGGUUGGCAGAGCAAAUAAAUACAACUGCAGAUGCUAGUGAUUAUUUGUGGUAUUCACUAAGCUUUGAAAUUAAUGGAGAUGAGCCAUUUCUUCUGAAUGGAACUCAAACUGUUCUUCAUGUGGAAUCACUUGGUCAUGUGCUCCAUGCUUUUAUCAAUGGGAAGCUUUCAGGUAGUGGAAUGGGUAAUAGAGACAAUGCAAAGGUGGUUUUGGAGAAGACCAUUAUGCUUGUACAGGGAAAGAACACCAUCGAUCUCUUGAGUGCGACAGUUGGCCUGCAGAACUAUGGAGCAUUCUAUGAAAAAACGGGUGCGGGAGUUACUGGUCCUGUCAAGCUAAAGGGAAAUAAUGGCUCCUUGGAUCUAUCCUCAAACCAGUGGACGUAUCAGAUUGGACUGAAAGGUGAAGAAUUGGGCCUGUAUGAAGAUUCGUCUGGCAGUUCUUCACAAUGGGUUUCUCAGUCUACUUUGCCCAAGAAUCAACCAUUGAUAUGGUACAAGACUAACUUUGAAGCUCCUGAUGGCAAUGAUCCGAUUGCACUAGAUUUUACAGGCAUGGGCAAGGGUGAAGCGUGGGUGAAUGGCCAGAGCAUUGGGCGCUAUUGGCCAACUUACAUUUCUCCCCAGAAUGGAUGCGCAGAUUCGUGCAAUUACAAGGGGUCUUAUAGUUCAAGCAAAUGUCAGAAGGGUUGUGGCAUGCCAUCUCAGAAACUGUACCAUGUGCCCCGCUCAUGGAUUCAACCAAGCGGUAACACACUUGUGUUGUUUGAGGAGAUGGGAGGGGAUCCCACACAGAUAUCUUUUGCUACGAGAGAAACUGAAAGUCUGUGCGCUCACGUGUCGGAGUCACACCCACCGCCUGUAGCUGCAUGGGGUUCAGAUCUUUGGAUGGCAAGGAAAUUGGGACCAGUGAUCCGCUUGGAAUGCCCGUCUCCCAAUCAAUUAAUCUCUGAAAUCAAGUUUGCAAGCUUUGGGACUCCUCAAGGGACAUGCGGGAGUUAUGGACACGGCCGGUGCAAUAGCACCAGUGCACUUGCUGUUGUACAACAAGCUUGUGUGGGAUCAAAGAAUUGCAGCAUUGGAGUAUCAGUCGAGACGUUUGGAGAUCCAUGUGUAGGAGUGGUAAAGAGCCUUGCAGUGGAAGCUGCCUGCACUUGAUAUGCUGCAGGGCACGCAUUGAGGGAACACAUUUCCCCUAUUAAAAAAAGUGUAUAUAAAACAGAAUUUAAAUAAAGUUCUUAACCUAUGAUGGUGAAAUAUAAGAAACUGCAGCAGUGUAUGAUUCC